AAGAACGGAAAGACAAGAGCGAUGCGCGAGGAAUCAAAUGAGGGGACAAUGAAGAGGUGAAGUACGUAUUUCAAUUACGUAUUGUGAUGAAGAAGUCGUUUGCCAUUUCUUUGCAAAAUUUUCACGGCAUCAUUGGUAAUUGUUGAAAAAAAACAUGUCGUACUCUGGGUCCUCGUCUAAGAUUUGCACCACACCUUUUCUCUCGGUGUGAACUUUUUUGUGUUAGUCGGAGAGCAAAAUAAAGCUGCCAGCUACAGCUACAGAAAAACCUGUGGGGCAGGCAGCAUCAGGAGUUCGAGUUGUUUGCCACACCAAUAAUCAACCAUGGCGAUGUUUAGAACAGCGAUAAGGCGAGAAAUCGCCAGGCUAUCGAAGAAUGUCACCGCGGAGGAAAUCAUAGGGUACCUACGACUACGAUGACUACAACAUUGUACUGAUGUUGUCCCAUGUAGUUGUAGGGGAGGACACCUUAGCUCCUCCGUUCUUGAUUCAAUCUUGCUCUCAUUCUCCAAGACCACCGAUAUAGUAGGAUUCACUCCCUUCUAUACCAUUUACUUACUCAUCGCCUCGACAUCUCUAAGUCCUACUCAACAUACCUACCAUCCGCUCCAUAAUCUUUUCUCCUCCCUUCUUCAGGCCUAGACAUGGGAGUAUGACUGGAAUUUUCGAGAUACCGAAUUUUCGCAGAAUGCCAUUCUGGUCAUACAUCUGGACUCAGAACUUCGUGAAUCGGCAGCAUUUAUUCAAUGUACUUCGCACCUCCGGUUUUUAGUUUUACCUCUAGAGAUCUAGCCCUUCCAGCAAUUCAAUGUACUUCGCGCCAUUUAUAGUCAAUGUACUUUUAGUAGUCUGAUGUUCGUCUGAAUGGUUCUGGUAUCUGGUAUAGCUAUAGCCUGAUUUUGAUCAUAAGGAAAACAAGAAGAGAAUCCUUGCGAUCAAAUUCAGAGCACCAAAUACCAGAACCAUACAUCGUCUCCGUUGCUUUCUACUGUCGGACACGGACUUCGUCGUUCCUGGAUGUCAUUUGAUAAUUCAAAGAAAAAAAAUCAAAUUUACUUAACUGCUCUAAAUACGUCUAGUUCUGGUACGUCCCAGUCCGUCUUCUACAACGUAAUCACCUCGUCCAACCAGGUCCACCAUAGUGGUUACAUCGCAGUAUGCCUUUUCUUCUGGUACUGUGGGUGCCUGGACACAGCACCGCUUGAGAGAAGAUUAAGGCACACGAUUUCUAGUAGGCAUGCACAUUGGAUGAAUAGGAUAGUAGAGUCUCUCUAUCAAGCAGGUUGACGAUCUCGUGUUCCUAUUCAAUUCUUGUGCUUUUAGCUGGAAGAACAAAAAGAAGACACAUGACUCUUAGCGAGGAGUCAGUGUCGAAAGCGGGUCUCACCUCUCAGGAAUCUCUCCAGUUAGAUAAGCAGGGAUUGAGACCUAAAAUAUGUCCUCUUUCUCAUCUUCCUCCAUUAAGAAAAGAAUAGUAGCAUAGGCAUAGAGAAGAUAGAGUUUCCGCUUCGCUUUUGUGUUAUUCUUGUACUGCAUCAAGAAGACUGCUCUCAUGAGCAUGAUGUUCCUAUUCUUGUACUUCUACCUGGUGCAACAAGAAGAGGACCCUCAACCUGGUCUUCCUCCUCCUCUAAAAAAAGAAAAAUACUACAUGAACAGUGCGAAAUUUAGGAUGCAGACAGCCUAUGCGAAUCCCGGGACGAGACCCGCAGCGAAAAUAGCACAAGAACAGGCAAAGGUAGAAGGAGUUCGAGUUUCUUGUAGUUUCAGUAGAAGAGCAUCUCGCAUCGUGGUUGAUGAAAAGGCUAUAAUUUUUCGUCAUCUCGAACUCUGUUUCACCCAUCUUAUCGAUGUUAUGAAAAAAACUGUAACUGUCCUCUACUCCUACGUCACAUCACAGCUUCGAUACUACUAUCGGGGAAACGACCAUCCGUUUACGCUGAAUGAAACGAAAGACUUCUAUUUCAAGAUGCGGGAGAACUACCUGAUACAAGAGUACAUAUUUAUUUAUUAGACGUUCAUGACCUCUUCCAGCACUGUUCUCUCUGCUUCAAGGCUUAUUUAUUAAUUUUUCAAUUUCUUCUUUCAUCUUCGUCUUGGAAAAUUUACUUCUCAUGCAGCAGAUAAUUUGUACUUCCGGAUCGGUCAAAACUUUGAACUACAGGUAUCCUGGAGUGCAAUAUCCGUUCGUGUACCGACAUAUGAUGCCAGAGGAGGUGGAUGAUCCUCUGAAAGUGGACCUGUACCCACUACCCCAAGCACAGCCACACUUCCACGAGCAUGGUGACCAUCACUAAUGCUUCCGUGGAGUAGUUCUUUUUGAGACACAUAUUCAUCUUCCUGGAGUUGGUAACGAUUUCUUGAUCUUCACACACUGGAACUAUAAAUUUUUUCUUCUACAACUCUUGCUUACUUAUCCUUAAAUGCUUACUCCUCUCUCAAUUUUUGAUAAUAGACCAUUGCUGGCAUGCAUGAAUGCGUGAUCAUGGAUGAAAGAGAUGCCGAGCAAAUUC